UCGCUUGGUGCGCGCAUCACGCCUGCGCUCAUUCGCUUUUUGCCCACCUUUCGACUCGCGCGCAGCCUCCACUAUUGUCCGCGCACGCGCAUUUCUCUCACGUGGGAACCAACUUUUUCGUGCUUUACCCGAGUAGCUAUUGAUCUGCAUCUUUCGAACCGAUCGCACGCUACGAUGUUAUUAUAAGUGCGCGCUGUGUUAUCAGUUAUGGGACGAGUGAUAAGAAAAUCCAGGACUGUAAAGUGACCUUUAGGGUUCCUGGUGAAAGUUGAGUGAUGAUCAAAUAGACGAUAGGAAUUGUAUAAGAUAAGCGGAGAUCAUGAUCUCGUCGAUAUUCCCUUUAUUAAUCGCCUUAGUAACAAGGUGUAAAUGCGACGCAACUAAUGGGUAUGGUAAUGUUGGUAAAAAUAGUGCUUCGCAAUUUGGCGAACUUCUGAAGCCUCCACCACCUCCGCCGAUAUUGCCACCAGUACCAUUCCAUGGAGGACCAGGAAGAUCGCAACGUCAAAAUUUAGGAUAUCAGUAUCUGCCACCUCCACCUCCUCCACCAGUUUCUCUUUCCAAUGAAUUUAAAUUUCCAGCACCCUUUUAUAAGCAAUAUAAUUUCAAUUUUGUACCACCUCCUCAACCAUUUACUACAUCCCCUUCUCCUUCAUUAUUCCAGAAAGUUUCGGGAUGGCUUUUCUCCACACAGCAGACGAAUCAUGAUACAAAAUCUCAAGUAUUUACCAAUAAUAUAACUCCUAUAAAGAAAGAUUGUAAUCCUUGUAAUUUAGUGCCAUGGAUACCGGUUAUUAGAUACAAUAUAGGAGCUAAAAAUUUAUACCAGAAUUCUAAUCCAACUUAUGGUCCACCGAGUCCCACAGCUUAUGCUAAUGUACCUAAUUUACCGCAACCCUUCCAAAAUAUAGAAAAUAAAUUUCCACCAUCGCCUCCACCCAUACCCCAUGCUAUCUAUGGCCCACCAAGUACUUCUCAUAUUCACAAUAGCAAUGCUAAUAAAGUUGUUAGUUCAACAUAUGGACCACCUAGUCCUACGCAUACCAUCUCAAAUCCAUCUCAAAGUCCAUUAAGUUCUACAUAUUCAGCGUUACCAAGUUCAUCUUAUUCCAUAUCAAGUUCCCCAUUUGGGAUACCUAGCACAACAUAUAAUCAACAUGAUUCUUCAUACAACUUUCCUAGUUCGUCACAAGACAUACCUAAUUCUUAUAGCGUAUCAAAUAAUGUUCGGAGUUCGACUUAUGGUACUCCAACUUCAACAUUUGCACCGUCCACAACAUUUGAAAUUCCGAAUCAAACCGAUAAAUCACAUAAAUCUGUUACUCCACUUUACGAGCCUGAAUUACUUAACCGAGAAUUGCCACAAUUUGGUGAUGUAGAGAUUUUAAGAAAUACUGAACCUGAAAAUUUACCAUUACCAAAAGUAACACAUCCAGCUGGCUUUAAAAAUUCUUAUGGAGAAAUAAUUACUAAUACUCAUGCACUAAAUGUACCAUAUUCUGUAUCAGCUACAGCUGCUGAAUCUACCAAAGUGAAGACAGAAGUUUUACCAAAUGACGCUACCAAAUUUCCUAUCCCAAAUACUUCAUUAGCUCUGGCAAAUCCUGCUCCAUUUAGUUUGAAUAGAGGAAGAAAUAUUCAUACCUUACAACCGGUAGCUUUGCCCAAUCUUAGCGUAUCGCCUUUACCUCCUAUUUUUAAUGCAAGACCUUUUAAACCAACAUCUCCUAAUUAUUCGCCAAAUAUUGUACAUGGAGUAAAUUCUAUGCAGCAAACAUCUCAUAAUGUUGACAUAUCUCCAAGUAUUCCUAUUGUGGAGUUCACUCAUUCUAUUGAUUAUCCUGCCUCCAUAACUCAAUCUCCAGUAAUUGAUAUUGAUGCAAGUAAGAAUUUUAAUUUGACGAAAGGUUAUAGAAAUAUACCAAAUAGUUAUAUCGUUGAUGGGAAUCGGGAUAUUUCAUCUCAAGCAUCUGAAGAUCAUGUAUCAGCAACCAAGUCUAUUCCUGAUUCAAGUUUUGAAAGUACGGGUGUUGAUGGAGGAAACGAUUUAUAUGAUACUGGGGUACCGACAGAUUUAAAACAUCGUUUUGUACCUUAUAACCACAAACCUGAUUUUGCAGAUUUAAGAGGAGUAAAAGAUGAAGAUGUUGAUAAAUAUAGAACAGAAAGUAAUUUACAGAAUAUUGACUCACCUUUACUGUAUCUUAAACCAAGUGCGCCACAUAAAGAUUAUGAAAAUUUUGGAGUUGUUGUUUCAACCCCAGUGAGUGGCAAUGAUUAUGAGAUAUAUGAUGAUGUUCAAACAACACCAAUUCCACAAUCUACUUUUGCAACUGGUUGGGAGGAAAGUAGAGCUGACUAUAGUCAGAGUGUUCAAGAAAAUAUAAGUAAACCCAAAAUUGUUCAGAUAAUAGUUCCAUAUACUACUAAUAAAGGUGGGAGUAAAAAUAAUGGAAAUUUCGAAUAUAUUUCUCAUGAAUGGGAGUCGAAAGACGAGGAUGAGUACCAGCCUAGGAAAAUUCCAACUAAUACAGAGAAUCCUUAUAUUAGUACCUUGACAGAAAAUUAUAAUAGUAUAAGUACAACUACAGAAGAUCCAACAUUGACAGUUACUGAAAAUAAUGAUUCCCAUCAACUAAAUACAGCAGCAAUACUAAAUGAUUUGUAUGAUGUUAGAGAACCACCUUUUGAUAUAAUUAAAUUGCAAAACACGAUAGAUGAUUGGACGGAACAAGAAUAUUCUAAGCGUUAUAAAACACCACAACGUUCUCGUGGUGCUGAAAAAUAUGCCAAACAGAUUCCCGAUGACUUUUUUACAACUACUGUUCCUACUAAUUAUGUUACAGCGACAAAUAAUUUUAAUUAUGAAUUUUAUGAUCAUGAAGGUUCCAGUAGUAUUCAACAUUCAGUAACUGAAAAGAAAAACAAUUCAUCUAGUAAGUCUAGAAAGCAGUAUAAUACUAUUGAAAGAACUAAAAGUAAACAAAGUAUUGGUAAAAAUCAAGAAAUUGAUGAAAUUAAAAAACUCCAUAUAUACACAGCAGCUUCGACUUUUCGAAGUACUACCACUACUCCCGCUCCUUGGGAAAAAAUUCAGACGUCUAUAUCCCCAUUAACUAAAGAAAAAGUGUAUGUUGUUACAUCAAAGCCGUGGUUAGAAGCGUACAAUAUAUCUAAAGGAUGGUUAAACGCGGAAUCUUUUGAAUCUCAUAAGACAAAUAUUGACAACAAGCCAUCUGGAUCAGACAAUCUGCCCUUUAAAUCACCAAGAUUUUCUGCUCGACCAUCAUUUGGCGAUCCUGUUAAAUCGGAUUCAUUAUACGGAUUUUCAAAAAGCUGGUACCAAAGUAUAAAUGAUUUGGAAAAUCGAAGACAUAGCAACAGCACAUUGUUACAAGAAGGUUUUCAACAGAACCAUUACACUAACGAGGAAGAGGAUACAAUCGAUGCUACGACUGUCGGACCUCAUAGUGAUGCAUUAUAAUACAAAGAAAUUAUGUGAAAACUCUAUAGUGAAUUUAGUUAGUAAAUGAAAGUAGACAAAUAUUAAUGGAAAGUGAUAGUGAACUGAGGUGAAAAUAAAGUAGUUAUAUUAAAGUGACUAUAAUGAAAUAUAAACUACAGUAACACGUGUAAGUCGAUAGUUUCCCAAAUUAAGGAGAGUAUCUAAAUUACCAUAGAUUUUAUCAUAUUUUUGUAUAAUCCUCUUCCAUUGCUAUUGCCAUGUUAAUAAAGUAGAACAAAAUGUAACUUACAUGCAUAUUACAUAUCUUAUUCAAAAUUUUCAAGAAUUUUUAUAUUGUAAAAGACCAAAUAAUUUUGUGUUAAUUAUAACCGAAUGAUUUUUCAGUCAUGGCGAACACUAAUAAAAAAACUAAAAUGUACUCUUAAAAUUUGAGAAGUAAGAGCCAAAUAGAUGUUUGGAUGAAUGUUGAUUGUUAAAUUUUUUUCAUAACAUAAUUAUUGUCACACACCACCCUUCUUGUAAAUGUAGUUAUAUAUUGGAGAUAAAUACUAGUAAUAAAACCCUACAAAGGUAGGUAGGGUUCAAGCCGCCUGGACAUCAUGACAGAGAGAGACCUGUGCCUGAUGAUGGAAAACCAAUAGGUUAGAAAUAUUAUUUAUUACAUGAAAAUCGUAUCAAAUUUAAAGUAUAAAAUUAAGAUUUGAACCGCAGCUUCUACGCCAAGCUACGGCCAGUCCUCUUAUUAGCUUGCAAUAUACGCAUUUUUUUAAUUACUAAAUAAUUAUUAAAUAUGAUUUUCAUAUUUUUAAUAAUAUUUCUAUAUCAAUUUAAAAUUUAUGUAAUAAAUUGUCAAGGGACCAACUUUACUAAUAUAUCAUAAAUAAAAAUGUUUAAAAUAGGUUACACUUAUAGACUUUUUGUAGUGGUAUUACAUGUAAAUAAAGUGUACACUAUUGAAGCAUAUAACAAUAGGUAUGGGUUUUGUAUCUAUGAAUUUCAAAAUGCUAAUAGAUAGUUAGAUAUACCUACGUAUGAAAUGUAGAGCUAUUAUAUGGCAUGAACUGACUUUAAUGUAUAUUGUAUGAAUUAGGAAAAAAUACGGUAUAUAAAACUACGAGUAUUAAAGUAUUAUUAUUAGGCAAAAAGUUUGUAUACCGUAUAAUAAAAAUUGCAUUUUAUUUUAUAGAAAAACAUUAUUAAGAAGCGGGUUUACGAAUAAAAUUUAUAGAUGCGUGUAAAUUUAGGAUAUAAAUACACAUAUAAAUUUUAUUUAUGAACACGCCUUUUCAUCUGUGUGUUUUAUUCAUGUAAGUGUAUUAUGAACGUAUAUAUUGUAAGACAAUUAAUUGAUCGAUAGCUUGACUGCAGUUUAUUAAUAAAUUUAUCUUAAUUACAAUACAUUAAAAUUCUUACGCGAGCAAAACUUACAGAUGUGAAGAGGGCUUAAUGAUAUCCAGAAAUUAUGUAUCAUUCUUCACUAGAAUACGACGGUCAAUCAUCUUUUUGAAUGAAAUUUCUUCUAUGUAAGUUUUAAAGAGCUAUUGUAAUUAUUAUAUAACUCUGUAGAUUUUUAAUACAGAAUUACAUAUCUUCAAGUAUAUUAUAUUGCCAUAAAGAUAUUAAACAUAGAUACACAGUAUUUAUUGUAUUAAAUACAGUGUACUUAUGUAGAGUCGUUGACCAAAACUUCUAUAUUUUUCUAUUUGAAUAAUAUUUUUUAAAUUUAGUUUACCUGUAAAUAUUAUUAUUGUAAGUAAAUGAAAUGAAAUAUUAAUGAAACAUAUUUUAUUUAUUUCUUUAAUUUGUAGGUAUCUAGAUUUAACUUAAUUAAUGUAACCUAUCACCCAAAAUAUAUAAAUUCGAGGAAAUCGAUUGAAACAAACAUAUUUACAAAUUGGAUAUUUUUAUCUGUUUAAUAGGUAUGUAAUAAAACUUUAAUAGAUAAAACGGAGAAAUAAAAAUUAUUUGUUUACGUAUUUUAAUUCACAAUUAAACUUUUAUGCACAAUUAUAUAAGUAAGUGUACAUAGGGUAGACUUAACACCUAAUGGCGUUCU